CAGUGGUGCUGGUGUUAUGGUAGCUUUGUCCUAAGACGGAGCCGUCUUGGAUCUCGUUCCCCUCACUAUGAUGACUGAUAUCGUUAGUAACUGGAAGCUGGAGCAGUUUGUGCUCCAGAAGUGUCUUCCCCCAGUUUGGUCACCGGGGGCCUUCCAGGGCCCGGAGGCAUACCAGCAGCUCUGCCAGCAGUGGGAGAGCUGGUCAGAGGAGACCAAAAAGCCCAAACCCACAAACAAGUGCAAGAAGCGAGCAGCCUUGCAGGGUUUGCUGAUGGUGAGCAGGGAGUUGUCCAAAUUGCUGAAGGAAGCUCUUGAGAGUGUGCAGACGCUGGAGCAGGCCAAGGGUGAGCUCAAAAUGCAGGUGGACAACCUGCGGGCAGAGGUGCAGGGUUUGUGUGGGGACUCUCUGCGGAGCGCGGUGGAGAUCACCCGGCUGGAGAGCAAGCUGGGCUACGAGAAGCUGAAAACGGAGGAGCUGGAGAAGGAGGUUGGGAAGUGGAUUGGGGAGACCCAUGAUGCCCAGAGCGCGGUGCGGGCGGUCCUGCAGGACGUCCAGCGGGACCGAGGCACCGGCCCCGAUCACAAGGUAUGCCAUGCCAAGAUCCAGGAGCUGCAGGCAGAGCUGGGGGUGUCGAGGGGCAUCGUGGCUGCCAUCCAAGGCAAGAGGAGCCGGUUUGGUAAUGGUGAAGGGGAGGACUCCCUGGACCCGCACCCGCCUCACUAUGACUACGAGGAUGAUGUGUGGAGUGCCAAUGGCCCCACCAGGCCAUCCCCCUACGCUCCUCUGCGAGAGGAGAUGUGUCAGCUACAGGGAGGGGAGGUGGAAGCUUCCAAAAUUAAAAAGAACCCCCCCGAUGAGCCAGCUGGCCAUGGCCCGCUCCAUGCCAUAGACACCAACAGGCCUGUGCUCUGGUUUACCCCCGAGCAGCUCAAAACGGUGGGGAAGAUGCUGGGGCCAUUGACGAAGGAGACAGCUGUCAACUGGCUGUCCAGGGCACAGCGGCUGCCCAGGUGCCAGAGCGGCAACUCGGUGAGUGACCUGAUAGACGUGGUGAGAAAGUGCAUGAAACCAGACGAUUUCGCAGCACUGCCGGGGGACGUGCAGAUGGGUAACGUACAGGACAUUGGGGAUGUCCAGUCCGCUGUGCUGAAGGUGUUCUUCCCUGAGGUCAACCCCUUAGUGCUUUUCCACCAGGAGAAGCAAAACCCAGAGGAGCGUCCGGAUGCUUACGUUAACCGUAAGAAGAUGCUCUACCAGAUGGCCGGGCUACCUGGCUCGAAAGACUCUCCCCUCGAUUUUGACAGGCCUGAAUUCAAGGAGCCGCUCGUGGUGGGGCUGACGCCCCCGUUGAGGGUGAUUGCUGGUGGAGAUGCGGCCCGGAAGCCGCUGUCAGAGCUGGAGCAGAUCCUGACUCAGAAUUUCGAGCUGCAAAAGCAGGCCUUCCCAGGGUACAUGCUGGGGGGGAAGAAAGGGAAAACCUCAGCCAUGUCCUUCCAAAAUGCGGGUGUGAGAAAAAUGCAAGGAGACAACCGAAAAGAUCCUGACGGCAAGGGUGGUUCGGGGAAGGAGAACCAGCAAGGGUUGAGGUUUCAGAAAUCCAACCCUUGGCGGGCUGAGCUGAGGAAGCGCUUGAUAAAAUAUGAGAAGCAGGAGGAUAUUGAUGGCUUGCCGGAUGUUUUCGAAAACUGGCCCUGCACGAGGCCAAAAAGCACAGCAGCUCCAACCCGAUUGACCCGGGGUCUAAGGCUCAGCAAUAGGGCUGCCAGGCACCCGCAUCGCCCCUUUUUGUGGCACCGAUUAAGACCGAUUCGUGGGGGCGCCUGA